ACAAAUUUUUGAAAAAAAAAAUCGAUAGAAAAAAAUUAAUCGUUUCAGGUUUUUUUUUGUGUGCCAAAAUAAAUAAAAGACGUCAAAAAAAAAUUAUAAGAAAAAAAAAAUAAAAAAUGGCAAAUUUACUUUACGAAAGUGCGUGGGAGCACUUUUACUCCUUAGUGAUCGACUUGAUAAUUUUCUUCAUAAAAUCAAUUUACUUCAUUGCCGAAUCCAUUUUCCUAACGUUUCUGCCAAGUAAGCUGCGAAAACUAAAAGACGUUGCUGGUCAAACAGUUCUCAUUACCGGCGGAGGUGGCGGCGUUGGACGUCAUUUGGCAUUGAAUUUUGCCCGCUUAAAAUCUAGAGUUGUAAUCUGGGAUGUCAAUGCUGAAGCGAUCAAAGGAACCGUUGAAGCCCUACUCGCCGAAGGUUACACGUGUCACUCGUACGAAGUCGAUAUCGCCAACAAGGAACGUGUCUACGAGGCAGCAAAACGUGUUCGCGACGAAGUCGGCAAAGUCGAUAUUCUCAUUAACAAUGCGGGAAUCGUCACAUGUCGCACAUUACUCGAAUUACCCGACAAGGCCAUCGAAAACACGUAUAACGUGAAUAUCUUGUCGCAUUACUGGAUGGCAAAGGCUUUCUUGCCCGACAUGAUUGCCCAAAAUAAGGGACACAUUGUGACAGUGUCGAGCGUAACUGGCUUGCUGGGCACUUAUGCAUGCACGGAUUAUGCUGCCACGAAAUUCGCUUGUGUUGGCUUCCACGAGUCACUUUUCACGGAAUUAAAGACGCACGGGCAUGAUAAUGUCAAUUUGACGCUUGUGUGUCCUUAUCAUAUUGCCACGAAUAUGUUCCAGGGCGUGAGACCGCGAUUGAUUCCGUGUUUGGAGCCGAAAUACGUCGCAGAUAGCAUCGUGAAGGCCGUGCAACGGAACGAGGUGACGUGUAUUUUGCCCGAUAGUGUGAGACUUGUGGUGCCUUUCAAGAACAUUUUACCAGCAAAAAUGUGCUGGGAAAUGAUGCACCGUGUGAUGAAAACGCCCGAAUCGAUGAUGCUCUUCAAGACUCGAGGACGUGCCGUUGCUGGCUAAACACACACACACAGAAUUAUACGAAAA